UUUCGUUCUGUUCUUCAGUGUACUCGUGCCGCUCGAAGGCGACGGAUGUGCAUUGUCAGUUAAAGCAAAAUCGCGUUUCUUGAAGCUCUGUAAAUGCUCCGUAAAUGCAACUUACACCAUAGGAGCAGCUUUUUAUUUGCCGAGCGUGUAUUUAUAUUCAAUAUGCGACGUGAAACAUUAAUAACGAGUGGCAAAAAUCGAAACUGUCGAAGCUACCGAAGAUAUUUAUGAGAUAAAUUACCUUCACUAAUGUUAAAGUGUGUUUUAUCGUGUCGUAUCGAUCGUAUCGCAUAUCAAAAUAUAUAGGAAGUGAAUUUUACAAAUGUGACAUUGUUUAUUUGUGAAAUCAGGGUUAAUAACUGUACAGAUCUCUUAGUCAUUUGAGACAGUUUCCUUAAAUGAAGCUAAUGAUUCGAUAAAAUUGCAUAUUGCCGAUAGAGAGAAGUAAGCAUUGAAUUAGGUCAGAUUAAAUCAGCGCCGAAGUGCGGAAAAAUGACAGGGCUCAAGACAAAAGAGGGGGAUAAUAGGGAGAGUCUCCUUGCAGUUAGCUGCCUUUAGGGGCGAAAAAAGAACUCGCCGGACAGGUUUUAAAGCGGGACGAGACCGGUGCAGGAUAUUUAACGUCCCCGUACAUCGUAAAUCCUUGAAAAUGGAAAAAGAUUUCUUUGGAUUUAACAAAAUUUCUUCAAUUGAAACAAAUUUCCUUUGCACUUUGAGCUUUGGUCGUAACAGACGAAACAACGAUCUUGCCGAAUCGACUUUCGAGAUGACGUCGAUGUUGCUGGAAGAGAACAGCGACGCGGCGAAAAUGAAGCAAGAAUUGCUGAACGACAGAUCUAUGAAAGAAGAGGCGAGGUCUUUUUUGAGCUUCUCCCGUGAAAACUUGAGCAUCUCGCACUCCGAUUUGGAGCAAGGAUUCAACAAAUCGCGACUAAAGCCGUGCAGGAACACGAUUCUGAGCAUGGCCGCUCUUGUGAUCGCCCUCCUUUGCUUCACCAUCGAAAGUUGGAAGCUGCGCUGUUUGACGGCGAAUACCCACGAAAUCGAACAGCUCAAGAGAGACGUCGAGGAACUAAAGCACCGGUUCCUCAAGCAGAAUCUUAUAAGCGAUCUGAAGGCGUUCGAGGAACAGCUGUACGACGAAAAACCGGCCGAAGAUGAUGAUCCGGGCGAGGCGGACAUUGAUUAUGCGGAUUACGACUCCAAUUACGAUGACGAUAGUUCCGCAUCGCAUGACUAUUCCGGCGAACUACCCGGAAACCAGCGUGUCCCUCUGACUUACGGAUCCAGACCAUCGGACUUCCCCGAGACUACGUCCACGCCGAUACCUACGUCCACGAAACCCCACCCCGACCCUCUGCUGCAAUUAGUGGAGCUCAUGAACAAAGCCGCAGCGGAGCGUGGACAGAAAUUGGAGAAGUAUGUGCGAGAGAAUCACAAAAACAUCGAGCGGAAACGUCUCAAGGAGGAGCACCGAGCGCGAGUGAGCCACGAGGAGAGGAGCGGCGACGGGAACAGCACGAAACACAAACGCGACAUCCUGCCGGGGGAUACCUCGAGUGCAGGACACUCGAAGUCAGCUUCACGAAAGCAGGACGAAAGUAUCAAGCGGAAGCGUUCCGCGAGCGGUUACGGAAUUACUACUGAUAAUUCAACGGAUACGUCUAAUUACGAGCUCAACGACCGACAUCAUGCUAGGAGAACCGGUGCGUCCAAAAUGCAUCCUCACGCGAGCAACGAGAUGACGAGCGACGAUUCCGGGGCGAAUUUAACAUCAUCGGCCGUUUCUUGGGACGUGCAUCCCCCGAAGAAGUAUCACGCCCACGCGCGUCUGGACGCGUCUUCUGCAGCGGACGAUGACCAAUUAAGCGAGGAAAUUGCACGGGCCAAUCAGCACAGCGGGGAAAGAAGGGAGAGCGUGGGCGGCCGAAGUGUCAACUGGCGAAGCGUGCGUCGCGGUGCCGCUCGUGACGGAACGGGAAGCGAGAUUCACGGGCCCGCUCAGAAUUACGAGGUGGUCGCGACCGAGCCGCCUCGAAAGCUGGCCCGGAGGCACUUGCGCGCGCCACGGCAGGUUUAUGCGAUCCAUUACGAGGCGGACUUCAAUCUCUUCUCGGCGGUGGACGAGAGGGACGACAAUGGCAAGAUGCGCCACCACAGGGGUAUCUUCAAGUCCUGGCGGCCGAGCGACUGGGUCGCCGAACUCGGCAUGAAUCGCUACUUCACGCUCGCCAGCGACGGCGAGAUCACCGUGCACGAGGCGGGACUGUAUCUGGCGUACGCGCAGAUCCACUACGUGGACGAGCACGAUGAUAACGGCUUCCAUCUGCUGGUGAACGGCGAGCCCAUCCUGCAAUGCAUGGUGCACACCCCAGGUGCGGGGCACAAAAGCCGCUCGUGUUUCUCAGCUCAAGUGACCUAUCUCCAAGCAGGUGAUCGUCUAGUCUUGAAAGAGGUCGGAGCAGCGAAAUACGCACUCUUUCACCGCGAAAAGAGUUUCUUGGGCCUGGUGAAACUCGGUGAGACCAGGCAGCAGCAAAAGCAUCAACAGUCGCAACAAUCGUAACGAUCGCAUUAGCACGACACAUCAAUCGGUUUCGAAUGUCUGAAAAUUAUUGAUACAACGAUAAAAAGACGAUCUAUUUGCAUUUAUGAAAUUCUUACUCGUAAAAGUCUAGCUGUAAUAUUUUGUACCUAAUGUAAAAUAUAACGUGCCUUUGAAUUGCGCGAAUGAUAAUAAUUCCUAACAAUUACGUCUUUCAAAUUUCAUACUCGCAGACCGGUGGAAAAAAUCCUCUUCGCUUUAGAGUUCGUUUUUAUAUGAUAUUUGUAAAUCUGUUUAUAUGUUGACUAUUCCACAAUGCAUGUUACUCCCGUUUCACGUGUAAUCCAAAUACUUGAGACUAUUUUUAGAAAAUGGAAAUAUAUGUAUAUGUUUAUAUAAAAGGAAAAUUUUGUCCUUUC